UGACGUUUCAAUGUUGUUUCGAUUCAGAAUAUAGAAAGUGUGCGCGCGUUCGAAAGCCGGCAAAUUUUAUCUUUUUACGUGCUCACGCAAAAUCACAGCUAUGGCACAGCAACAAGAAAUUUACAAUUAUCUUCGUUCGGUAGACUGUUGUAAAGUGUGCUGUUUACGGUUCCUGAAAGGCGCGAAGGAAGACUUUAUCGAUAUUGAUGCAACGCUGCUGAAGCGUGGUUUGGAACCUAAAAAUGACCAUCAGAAAGCGAAAAAGCUAAAAGAAAACGUUUGCAUCGCUUGUCUGGGGCUGUUCGAUCUGGACCGCAUUGCCACUCUAGCCCGCGAAGUGAAAGAGCACGGCGGCUACCAGCAAUAUCAGUGUGAGGCAGGAUUUCUUACCUCUAUUUCACUGCCGAUUGUGCUUCACCUGCGGCAGCUAGCCCUGUGGCUCGAUGUGUUGGAUCGCUUUCCACAGGCAUUUUCUGCCUCAAACGCACCCGACAUCGCGGUGAAAGAUGCGCUGAAAAUGAUCAUUAUACACCAGCUCGAAACAACGCUCGGCAAACCAUUUUCCGUCGACGGUGUAAUGAUAAACGUUCCGUACAGCUACGCCAACGAGCAGGAAGAGCUGAAUGUACUAGAGUUGGUUAGUCCGGGAGUGUUUGCGAGCCGGAAAACCAACAAACACACCAAAAAGGAGUUUAUCUCAAGGAAUGCGUUUGAGAAACACUUCACACCGGAUGUGAUCAACAAGGAUCGGUUCCGGAAACACUACUCGGUGCCACCGGUUUCCACGGAGGAGGUUGGCUUGGUACGGGGGGAGCUUACGUUUACCGGGCCAACCAUUUUUCUUGCCGGCCGGUACAACAAAUUUUCCCGCGAGCUUAGCCAAACGCCGUGGAUGAUCGACGGAAAGCGGAAGAUGGAGGGUAGUGUGCAGGAAACGAUUGCUGCCAGCAUUGCACCGCACUUUGGCGUUGCCGAGGAACAGUUGAUCUUUUCCUCCAGCGGACGGGAAGACGUCGAUGUGCGCUGUCUCGGCGAAGGGCGACCGUUCGUGCUGGAGAUUAUCGAUGCGAAAACGGACCAGCUGCCGGAGGAAGUUGCGAUCCGGAUGGAGCAACAGGUAGGCACUUCUCAAACGGUUGCCAUAAGAGAUGUGCAGCUGGUGAAGCGGGAAGAUCUGGUGCACAUACGAGGUAGCGAAGAGGACAAGCGUAAGUUUUACCGCGCUCUGUGCGUGACGACGAAUGAGCCCGUGACGGAGGAAAUGAUCCGGAAGCUGCGCAUAGACGAACCGUUCGUGAUGCAGCAGGUAACGCCGUUGAGGGUGCUGCAUCGGAGAACGCUUCUGGCCCGGCCUAGGACGGUGUACAGCGUGCGAGCGUACGCUUGCCGGGACAAUCCGUAUGCGAUGGUGGUUGACAUUGUUUCGCAGGCCGGCACGUACAUCAAGGAGCUGGUGCACAGUGAUUUCGGACGCACGGGGCCAAGCUUUCGCAGCAUCAUUGGGACAGCGAUCGAUAUACAUGCGCUGGAUGUGAUGGCAAUCGAUUUGGAUUGGCCCAAGAAGCUAAGACGACCGGAGGAAGGAGAUCAUUAAACGAAGGUGGACGGAAAA